AUGACUUCGAUGUCCUCGCCUACCCAUGAUGACGUCGUCGUGGAUGAGCCAGUGAGCGAGACUUCAUGGAAGGAAUACACCUUCCCAGUCGCCGAUGAUGAUGGCACUUGUGCCUGGCCUGGUGAUGCGCUGGAUUCAUCAGGUUCAACCAGCCCAACUCCGUGUGAGACGGUGCCUCCCAUUGAGAACCAGAAGACUGUGGUGAGGUUAGAGAUAGAUCCUGCGGCCAAGAAGCGCCGGAUCACUUUGAUCUUGGACCCGGAGGAAAAGUAA